AUGGCUCAGAAUUCUUCUCAUGGCCCAAAUUUCCCCUGGAACCGAAAUGCAGAGCAACAGAAUCAGUAUCAAAAUCGGAUUCAGAAUUAUAAUUUCUACCGUCCUGAAACUUGGAAUUCUUCUGCUGCUUCUUCUUCACAAAAUGUUAUUAACCAGACCAAUCCCAACAAUGCUACAGAUUCAACUUUUAACUACAGUCUCGAGCAGCUGAAUUUGCCAGAUAACCUCAGUAGCUUGAAACCACUCGGAUUAAAGCUGAACAAUUCUCCCGAGCUGGCCAGGUGGAUCGAGAGUCAACUGAAUCGUCCUCCGACCGGAAAAACCAGGCUCAGGGAGCCCAAGUCCCAGCCGGCUUCCGAUAAGCCGAAACCUGUCAUCACUCCCGCAAGUAAACUGAAGAUCGGUUCUUGGGAGAGAGUUGCGAAGAAUACGAGUGAUCUGACGACGAAGUGUUACUUCGCGAAGAGGAAACUGGUCUGGGAGAUAUUGGAAGGAGGGUUGAAGAGCAAGAUGGAAAUGCAGUGGUCUGAUAUCAUCGCCAUUGACGCCUGUAUUCGUGAAAAGGAGCCUGGAGUUCUUCGUAUCGAGUUGAAUCAGUGUCCAAGUUUCUUUCAAGAAAAGGACCCGCAGCCGAGAAAGCACACAAUCUGGAUGCCGACAUCGGAUUUUACAGGCGGCCAGGCAUCGAAAUGCAGGAGGCAUGAAAUAGUGUUUUCACCAGGGAACCUAGACAAGCCAUACAAGAGUCUUCUACAAGCCGACCAAAACCUCUCUGAACUAAGCAGCAAGCCAUUCCCCAGUCUCGAAGAUCCUUACUUCCCGUCUCUGUAUCCCGAUUUCAACCCGACCCCCAACUCGGUUACAAACCCAAAUCCUCAGCAGAAGUUCCCCCAGCUUUCCUCUCCAUCCCCAAUUCCAGAUGAGCAAAUGACCACCAAUGCUGCAAUGCGGGGUGAGAAGAUGCUGCCAGAACCUAACCCUAAUGUUGGGCUAGUUAGCUCCAAUAAGUCAGUAGCAGCAGCCACAGCCUCCACCAUAGGGAACCAGUACUUAGCACCGCGGAGAAUGUAUUAUGGUUCAAGCUCGGGUGCUGCUUCAUUGAAUGGGCAGAUCAAUAACAACAACCUGUUGGAUAUUGAACCACGGAGAAUGUAUUAUGGUUCGAGCUCGGGUGCUGCUUUAUCGAAUGGGCAGAUCAACAACAACAACAACCUGUUGGAUGCUGAACCACAGAGAAUGUAUUAUGGUUCGAGCUCAGGUGCUGCUUUGUCGAAUGACCAGAUCAACAACAACAACCUGUUGGAUACUGAACCACGGAGAAUGUAUUAUGGUUCGAGCUCAGGUGCUGCUUUGCCGAAUGACCAGAUCAACCGCAACAACCUGUUGGAUACUGAACCACAGAGAAUGUAUUAUGGUUCGAGCUCAGGUCCUGCUUUAUCACAGAUCAACAGCAACAGCCUGUUGGAUGCUGAAAUGAUGAGCAUCAGCCAUUUCAGUGGGUCAGUAUCGGAUCUGGAUGGGUCUCCUUCUUUAGUCAUUGAUAAGGAUUACCUGAUGAGGGAAAGAUUGGAACUCCUGGGGGAUAUGGAGAUUGAUCAUGAUGCUGAAUUUGCAAUUCGUCCGAACGAGAUGUUGUACGACCAGCAGCACCAGCAGGAGGUUUUUGUUCCGGAUUCCGCUCUUGCAGGUUUGAUUACAAGUGGCGGGGAAAUGUAUGAGCAGCAACAUCAGAAGCAGAAGAAGGGUUUUGUUCCUGAUGCUGCUCCUGCUGGUUUGAUUACAAGUAGAGGGGAAAUGUAUGAGCAGCAGCAACAACAAGUUUUUGUUCCGGAUCACGCUGCUGCUGGUUUGAUUACAAGUGGUGGGGAGAUGUAUGAGCAGCAACAUCAGAAGCAAGAGGUUUUUAUUCCGGAUUCCGCUCUUGCUGAUUUUAUUACAAAUGGUGGGGAAAUGUAUGAGCAGCAGCAGCAGGAUUUUGUUCCGGAUCCCGCUGCUGCUGGUUUGAAUACAAGCGGUGGGAAAAUGUAUGAGCAGCAGAAUCAGCAGCAGCAGGCUUUUGUUCUGGAUCCCGCUGCUGCUGGUUUGAUUACAAGUGGUGGAGAAAUGUAUGAGCAGCAGAAUCAACAGCGGCAGGAUUUUGUUCAGGAUCCCUCUACUGCUGAUUUGAUUUCGACUGGUGGGGAAACGAAUGAGCAGCAGCAGCAAUCAGGUUUUUUUGAGUAUCCCCAUCUUGAUGAUUUUGGGAUGAUGCAGUUUGACCAGGGUAACAACCUCGAGAGCAUUCUAAGAAUGGAUCUUGAGCAGGCAUUACAGUUUUAG